AUGUCGUCUUCACUUACAAGCCCCGGCCUGACGCAGGCCCUGUACGCUGGAAAUGCUCUUUGGUUCACAAGCGCCUUUAUACACUUUGGCUUUCGCCAAAAGUUCAUGAUGCGCAAGAUCUCAAGGCGCAAGGGCUCUGCCGAGGCGUCGAUCCGACUGACGGCCGAGGGUGACGCAUGGCACCACGACAUCAUGGCCUACCUCGGAGCCAUGAACUCUUCCCUGGCCCUGCUGGCCAUUCUCCGCAUCUACGCCCUGGCCCGCCCCUCACGGGCCCUAGGUGGCAAGGACGGCGACGUGGCCCAGGACGUGACGGCGCUGAUCGUGCUCGGCCUUGCGAACUUUUCACAGGCAUUUCUGAACUUCACGCUGUCGCGCCGGAGCGACCGCUGGAUCAUGGGCAAAGGGCUGGACCGCAUCACAGUCCUGGAUGCUGUGUUUACGGUGCUGGAUUGGGCAGCUGCGAUCGGAAGGCUCGUGGCAUAA